AUGCUCGUUCACCUGGGCGUGAUCUCGCUUUCUGAGGCGAGGGACGCAAGGUUGAGAACUGCUUUCGGAGAGAUCGACUCGGCGACACUGCUGGAAUUGCCUGCAUCGGACGACCGAGGGAGGGCGGAAGAGGAGUCUUCCCUUGCGCCGAAGCCAGGACCAACCCUUACUCCCUCCCAAGUCGCAAGCCUCCGUGCAGCCAGCAUCACAGCACUCGAUGCCUUCGCUUCCCGUGCACAUGUGCUCAAGCUGGACCUGAACGGAGCUGGAAGCGGCGGAGCCACGGCUGUGGGUCUAGAUGGAUGGCUUUGGAGCGCGGCCAAGAAAAGGGAAGACUGGCGGGCGUGUGAGAGGUUUGUAGAACGCGAACCGGAGGUGUUCUUUUGA